CUCUGAACCUCUGCUGAUCCUUCAUAGAGGGAGCUUUAAUUAUUCAGAGGUCGAGCUAAGACUGGAGUGAGGAAGCCUCAUAGGUCUCAUCCUCACAAGCUAACUAGCUUUAGCAUCAGGCCUUCUUAGCUAGUAGCUAGUUUUUAGUGUUUGAAUUAAACUGUCUGUGUUGGAAAUAUUAUUAUAUCAUAAAGUCUGUCCUCAGUCGUUUUAAUUUUCCUUCGACUAGUGAGAUGUCAAAGGCAAACCGAGUUAAUGUUGACACAUUUCUGGAGUCUUUUUCUCAACUGGAAAUGGGAAUAACAGAAGUGCAUUGCAAAAACAAUGCAUUGGAAACAGUGCUGGAGAAUGCCAACAGACAUCUGAAAUUUUACAUGACCAAGGAGAACAGUCUGAUUGAAGAGCGAGACAGUCUUCUGGUCACAGUGAACAGUUUGCAGCAGACUCUGCAGGAGCAAAUCAACCUCAGAGUGGAGAAUGACAGAUUGAAGAGUGAUAUGAUGGACCUCAAAGAACAGAAUGAGAAAACAAUGCAGGAUGGUGAGGCAGAGGUUCAGCGGCUGGUCUGUGAAAUGAGAGCAGAGGCAGAGAACCACCAGAUGGAGCUAGAGACUGUGAGGAAGCAGUGCAGGAGAGAGGUGGAGGAGGCUCACAGAGAGGCUUUCAAUCAGUUGGAAGCCAAAGAUGCUGAAGUAAAGACUCUGCUGGAGAGAAAGGAUGUGGACCUGGAAGGGAUGAAGAGGAAGCUGAAGGAGCAGGAGAAGGAGAAGCAGAGCGAGCUCCUGAAGUUACAGAUGGAGUUUGGUGCUAAGUUAGCCAGAGUUCAGAGUACAGCUCAGUUGAGUCAACAGCAGCAGCAGCAGCAACACGGAUCCAGCCUUCUUCCACAGAGUGUCUACAAGAGGAAGCUGCAGUUCUUACAGCAAGAGAAGAACAGAGAGAUUGAGGCCCUGCGUCAGACAAUCAAAAAGCUGGAAGAGAACCAGCGUGUCGGCGGGCACAAUGUUAACCCUCUGAAGAGAAAGGUCUGAUUGUUUAGGAGAUAACGAGCUGCUGACCCGCGUGCUUAGCAGAUGUGUCAAAAUCCUGACCUGUCUGUGGGCGGAAAGGUUUAAAGUUUUGUGACAUUUAAAGACUUAAAUUUCAGUUCAGUUCAGUUUUAAAAUUAGUUCCUAAAAGUUGUUGAUACAUCCUUCAGAUUGUUUUAGCACCAGGGCGUCUUUUUGAACACUGUCUGUCAAGCUCAGAUUUGCAGUCUCACCACGCUGCUUGCAGGUGACCGGUGUGUACCGAGCACAUUCUAAACACAUGCUGUCCUGCCUGAGGUUUUAAUCCAAUCAGAUGACUGCUUGGGAGUGACAGAGGGCGGGGGCGGUGCAGACGCAGGAGAAGCGUCCUUGGGAGUGAAUACAGUCUCUUGAAGGCCAGUCUCAUUCAAGGAAUUAAUCCUUUUGAUGUCUUUUCAUUAAAAGAGAGAAUACACCAUCGAACUCUUUUUCUUAGAUUUUUAACAAGUCUUGUUCAGUUUAUUUUACCAGCUUGAUAUUUUCUCCACUCUGUAAUUUGUGUUCAAGGAUUUCCUUCUGUUGAUGUCAGGGAAAGUAAAAAGUCUUCUCUGUAAUCUAAAACCUCCUGAGUAUUUAAUUAUGAUUUAGUUUCUUUCUGCAAAUGUUAGCAUGACAGUGCAGCAUUAUUUUGUGACAAUAUUCAUAGAAAUGCAGUAUCCAGGGACCUGAAACCUGACUGAUACUAGCUUUGGGAGAUCUAAAGAGACAUUGUACACUUAAAAUAUUUUGAUCUCAACAUUGAUUGGCUGAGAUUAGCUUCAUGUUUACAACACUUAGAAAUAUACAUCUAAUUUCGACACCGUAAACUUGGGAUUUAAAAACUGAGAGCAGAAAGGUAGGACGAUUAAAGGAAACUAGUUUUACUUUUAUGAAGUAUUUAGAGUUAAUACAUUUUCUUAGCAUAUAUCCACUACUUCUAAUUUUUUUAAUGCGAGGAUUUGCAUCUCUGUUAUAUAUGACACUAACUUGAAUAUCUGUAGGUUUGCAUGGAGAGCAAACUUUCUGAUUGAGGUGCUUCUUCCUCCAAAAAAAAAGGUAAACAGAACUCUAGGAUGGGCUUGUAUUGAUUCAUGUAGGCUGAAUAGUUAGCAGUAUAGACUAAAAGUUAUGUCAUCGGUCAGACAGUAUUACCUGAACUACGCUGCGUUACAAAAAAAACACAGAUUUGAAUGACCUUUGUGACCUUAACUGAUAUUUUCUCUCUGAAGUGUCUCCAUGCUGUCUCACAGGGAGGACACACCUGAAUGAACGCUGUUCUGCCUGCCGCUAACCCAUGGUCUUUAAUCUCUUUAAGUGUGCUGCUGAGCCAGCCCUUACAGGAGACAGGGAGCUAAUCUCUCUAUGGGAACAUUGGUUAAUGCCAUUGCAUAACGUAGUACCUUCUCAACAGCCAGGAGAUCAACCGUAGCUGCAUAACACAGCCUUUAGUAUCACACAGUUGUGUUCUAGUCAACAUGCAAACUGAAGCAUUUUAUCUCCUGUAGAUAAAAACACAUUCUCAUCUCUCGUCUGCUGUGAUCUUCUGGCAUCAUUUCUGCUGCUUUGAGUUGUUUUCAGCUUUUUGCGACUGGGACAGGCCUAAAUUACAACCAGAUUAGAGGUCCUGACACCCAUCAUCCUUCGUCACUCUGAGGAGGAGACUGUCGCACCCCUCUCACCUCCUGAGCUCUUGCCCAUCAGUGAACCGAAGUCUAUUCGUGAGAACAGGAAAGAAGACCAUGACGCUGCUGUUCUGCUUUCAAGGAUGAAAUUUUCUGAAAGGAUUUUGCCAAAAUCUCCCAGACAGCAGCAUGUAGGAGAAGAAAAUCAUCUCUCAGGGUCCUGCUGGGCCACAAGAUCAACACUUUUUGGACUGUUUGCAACGGAUGCUCCAGCUGUGAUCUGAUGCAGAGCAGCUCUUUUGAAACUUGAUGACCUUAUCUUCAGCCUGCUGCAGAAAUGCCUGGAAGCCAGUAUCGAGUGCCAAGUGCCAAAAUUCACCACAGCCAGUACAGUCUGACCGACAGCUCUGAAUUCAGCCCCGAGGAGGACGAUGUCGAGGGUCAGCUACGCCUCAACCCCCUGCAGAAGCUCACCACCGACCUGUGCAAGGAUCAGAAGACCAUCAAGGAGCUGAUCAUAGGCCGCAGGGUGGGCUUCUACAAGGUCAGAGGGGAGAUCGGCAGUGGGACCUUCUCCAGGGUCAAGAUGGCUUUCAAUGCUCUGACUAGAGACAAAGUGGCCAUAAAGAUCCUCGACAAGACCCGACUGGACCAUCAGGCCCAGCGUCUCCUCUCCAGGGAGAUCAGCAGCAUGGAGUGUCUUCAGCAUCCCAACGUGGUGCGUUUGUACGAGGUGGUGGAAACGCCGAGCCGCCUCUACCUGGUGCUGGAGUAUGCAGGAGCAGGAGACCUCCACAACAAGAUCUGCACUGAGGGGAAACUGUCUGAAAAUAACAGCAAGAUCACCUUCGCCCAGAUCUUAUCCGCCAUCAAAUACAUGCACAACAACAACAUCAUUCACCGGGACCUGAAGGCGGAGAACGUUCUGUUCACCUGUGGUGGCUGUGUGAAGGUGGCUGACUUUGGGUUCAGCACAAGGGUCUCGAACCAUAGCGACACCCUCGACACCUUCUGUGGCUCUCCGCCAUACGCUGCUCCUGAGCUCUUCAAGGACGAGUUCUACGUGGGGCCCCCGGUGGACGUAUGGGCGAUGGGGGUCCUGCUCUUUUUCAUGGUGACUGGCAGCAUGCCGUUCCGUGCUGAGACCAUGGGGAAGUUGCGGCGCUGCAUCAUCGAUGGUGCCUACAAUCUCCCACCAUGGGUGCCCGGCCCCUGCCAGAGGCUCAUCAGGGGUAUCUUGAAGCCGGUCCCUGCCGAGCGCUACGCCAUUGACCAGAUGCUUGGCUGUGAUUGGCUCUUACCGGUGGAGUUUCCCUGGUCGUUGGUGCCUCCUGAGCCGUCAAGCCCCCUGCAGAGCCUGCUGGACUCUGACCGUAGCGACCUGGAGGAGGAGGUGGAGGAAGAAGUCAGGUGCAUGCUGGAGGAGCUGGGUUUCACCUCAAAUCACCUGCUGAACAAUCCACUCAAAGACAGCCGCAGCCCAGUGACAGGGGUUUACCGAAUCCUGCUGCACCGGGCACAGAGGAGGAGGGGCUGUGACACUCCCCCAGUGGUCCGAGGGAUGGUUAGGGACCCCAAGAGGGAGGGGCUUCGGGCCUACAGGGGCCUCAGGCACACCUCCAAGUUCUGUGUGCUUUCAUAACAGACUGGUAGAAACCUGCACUCAGCUUUAUGCACAAAUCUUUUAUAUCAAUAAAACCUAGAGGAGUUUUUUUAUAUCACGGCCGAUGGACAUGUUUCUAAUGAAGGAAUCAAUGAAUCAAUUUUCACAUCGUGUAGCUUUUGAUAUAUUUGUUUGACUGCUUCCAAUGCAACCUUUUGGGAUAGUGUAAGUGCCUGAUGAUACAAACUUUAAGGUAAAAGCUGGGAAAACAUCUGUAAAAGAUUCAAACUUAAAGGAUAUCUUUUCUCAACGACAUUUGAUGACCCAGGGUCUGCAGAGGCCUGAAGAGGAUCAAGGAUUCACAAGAAAACUGAGUUGGAAUUAUUAAAGAAGAUUUCUUUGUUUGACUUUAUGCAACCCUCACGUUAUAUAAACUAGUUGAUGCUUUGUAUGAGCUUCAUAACAAGCCAAAAACAUUGAACUCUGGCAUGGGAUGAGUAUUUAUUUUAUUUACCAAUAAAAGUUGUGAACUUAUUUGUGCCCCUGAUUGUAGCUUUGCAGUCUUUUUGAGUGCGCAUGAACAUUGUAAGUGAAAUCCUACACCCACAGCCUAUUCUGUCUCUUGAGGGGUCUUGUAUUGUUUGUGAAAAACUCAAUAAAAUGGUGCAAAGAAAA